AUGUGCUCUAAUGAGUCUGGGUGGCGGGGGCUGCGACUGCGUCAGGAGGGGGGUUAUUUACUCUAUACCGACGAGAUAUUCCUGCAGUCUGAGGGAGACACAGGCGAGGUGAGCAAGAAAGGAGGCUUCGUCUCUGAUCUUCCAACCGGUAGGUGCAACACCUUACCUACUGUACAUUUAAAAAGUGCAGCAAAGAGAGUUAGUUUUAAUUUAAACCAAUUCAGAGUUGGUGAAACGGAGUGAUUUUCAGAUUGAGGUCUUUUCUCAAAUUUGAUCUUCAUUUUAACCUUUUUUCUUUUUCUCCUUGGUUUCCAUCAGUGGUCAUGCGGACAGUGGUUCUCUUCCUCAUAAUGGGACAGCUGGAGCUGGGUGUUAGCCAGCAAUACAGCCAGUUCCAAUGGCUGUCUCAGCUCAGAGGGCGGCGGCGCCAUGCAGGCUGGCAGGCUGAGGAUGUGGACUGCCCCCUGGAAUGUGACUGCCCGUCUGCCUACCCCACAGCUAUGUACUGUCAUGGCCGCAACCUUCAGCAUGUCCCCUACGUGCCCUCACAUAUUAAGUACGCCUACCUGCAACGUAACCAGAUCACAACGAUCCAGGACGGUGUGUUUGAUAAUGCUACAAGUUUGGUCUGGAUCGUACUGUUUCACAACCAGCUCAGCUCAGACAAGAUUGGCAAGAAUGUAUUCAGCAAGCUCAAGGAUCUGGACCAGCUCUACUUGGACCACAAUGAGCUCACACGUGUGCCCCCUAACCUGCCAAAGUCUAUCACCACCCUACGACUCGGACACAACAAGAUCUCAAAAAUAGGCUCAAACUCUUUGGAGGGGAUGGCCGACCUCACCACACUGCAGCUGCAGGCUAAUGCAAUAGAAGAUGUUGGAGGUGUGUUCAAGGGGCUGAAAUCUCUAACCUUGCUGGAUAUGAGGAAAAACAAGCUCAAGAAAAUCCCUGAAAACCUCCCUGAGAAGCUGCAGCAGCUCUACUUGGAGUUCAACAACAUAGAGAGUGUGCCGGCAGGAUUUCUCUCCUUGUAUCCCAAGCUGCACUUUGUCCGGUUGGCUCACAACAAGCUGACGGAUAAAGGACUUCCCUCCAAUGUCUUUAACGUCAGCACGCUAGUUGAGCUUGAUCUUUCUUUCAAUAGGCUGGAGAGAAUCCCUGUUGUCAAUAGGAAUCUGGAGAACCUUUAUUUACAUGCCAAUAAGAUCAAAGGUAUGAAUACUUUUUUUUUUUUUUUACUUUGAUUAUAAAAGUAAUGCCAAUGCCACUCAACAACAGUAUCAAAUGAUUUCUGUCACAUGUUAGAGUCUGCAGCCAGAGUUUACUGUGCCACAAAAGUCUCUGAUCCUUUGUCUGUGUAAUAGAAAACUACUUCACUCAUGUUUGACAGUUAAAAUUGGGUCAGUAGGCCCAGCAAAACAACCAACUGAGGGUGGAAAGUUUGAUCAGUUAGUUUUGUAAAUAAGGUUGCGGAACAAAUUGGCAGAAAGAAGAAAUGAAAUUUAUCACAGAGUCACCUCAGUAAAUAGUUUUUCGUCUCUCUACAUAAAUCUCCUCCAGUUGCUCUUUUUUUUUACACUAAAGUAAAAUAAAAAGCUCAGCGAUAUUUUUAGUAGCAGUUCUCGUAACAGUGUUAAACUAGAUUUAAGAUCAACCACCUCCAGCUUCUGCCCAGUUUAACUUUUGUUUUGCUUUUUCAUCCUCUCCAUUUCUCGAAGUUAGAUGUGCUGCUUUUUUUUGCCACGCCCAUGUGUGCUAUACAUCACUGUGGGCGUGGAGACGUGCGAUUUGUCACCCACUAGAUGGCUCUGAAAGCAAUGUUUGUUGGAGAAGAAGGGGUUUUCCAUCAACACUUUUAACUUGGAAGCUAGUGCGCAAUACAUUAGUAAUAUGACCAACAGAAUCCAGUAAAAAACAAAGUUAAAUAAGAAGGAAAAAAACAUCAGGCAACAGUGAAAUGCAUUUUUGAUUUACAUUGUCUCUCAGUGGCUUCUUGAGUAGCUGUAGAAAGAAAUAAGAGACUGGACUGAAGCCUUUUUAAGAUUAUUCAAUGUCCCAGGAGGAGUUUACAGUAGCACUGACUGCCUCUCACAUUUCCCCGUGCGUCUGCUUUCUUUCAGAGUUCUCGCUCAACAGUUUCUGCAGCACUGCCGACAUGAGAAACUUCUCGAGGCUGAGAAUGCUUCGCUUGGAUGCCAACAAGAUCAGUGCCAGAGACAUUCCUGCCGAAGCCGCCUACUGUUUGCGGCGUGUUGCUUUUAUUGAUGUGUAG